AUGGCUUCAGCUACCUCAGUUCCCAAGACUGGACGCUCUGUCAACCAGGACGUGCCAGCAACGACGCUGACGCUGCGGGCGCGUCCAACGCCCUCCCCCAACUUCGACGAGGGCGAACAUCUCGUCCGCGUGCACGCCACCGCUCUUUGUGCAGGCGAGCUUUACUGGCACACCUACGUCACUUUUACCAAGGAGGAAACCGUGCCGGGACCAGACGUGGCAGGAACAGUCGUGUUGGCUCCUCCUUCCUCGCCAUUCAAGCCAGGUGACCAUGUUUACUGCCGCAUUCCUUAUUCGCGUCCGGGAGGCGCGAGGGACCACACAAUCGCACUUACCUCCGAAUUGGCACGCAAACCAAAGAAUCUGACCUGGGAGGAAGCCGCCACAGUGCCUCUGUCCGCCCUUACCGCCUGGCAGGCACUUUUCGAUCAAUCUGACAUGUGGGAGGGGCCAGAGGACGCGAGAGUGAAAGGGAAAAGAGUUGCUGUCACCGCGGCGUCGGGGGCAGUCGGGAUGUGGAUUUUGCAGUUUGCAAGGAUUGCUGGGUUCGAGGCUGUUAUUGGUACGUGUGGUGAUGGAAAUGAGGACUUUGUCAAGUCAGUGGGAGCCACGGACGCCGUCAACUACAAGAAAAGCUCGUUGACGGCGUGGGCAGCAGAAAAAGAAGGACGAAAGGCUGAUUUGGUCAUUGACUGCUUUGGAGGAAAGAGUUUGGCGGAUGCUUGGGGCUGUGUCAAGGACGGUGGUGUCUUGAUCAGCAUGGUUGGAUAUCCGGAACAGGAGAAGCCAGCAGGGCUUGAGGCGAAGGACGUGAAGAGCCACUUUUUCAUCAUGGAGCCCAGGGGUGAUCAGUUGCAGAAGGUUACGGAGUUGGUGGAGCAAGGCAAAUGUUCUUUCUUAAUGGACAGCGUCUACCCAUUAGAGCAAUUUCAGGAGGCUACAGACAAAGUGGAAAGCCGACGUGUCAGGGGCAAAGUGGUGUUGAAGGUGCUUUAGGGGGCUCAUGAUGAAAAGGUGGUUCAGGGAGAGGGUGCUUGGUGCUUGGAAUGAAAGUGUGAAAGGAGCCCAUCGACGAGUCCUACCGCAUACGAUUCGCCGAUCCGCCGAUACGACGACGAAUACGAUUACAUGGUGGUGAGAAAUUUGGGGUGCGGUGGAAAGGAGGAUAAGGACAAAGGGUGUUGAAGAGAGACGAGUUGAUAUAUGAAAAUACGACCUGGCUGAGGCUCACUGAACGACGACUUGACAUUGAAGUUGAAGUUGAUACCACAAACCACAAGCCAACAAUCCGCCAAAAAGCCAACAACGCAUCCAUCAAAGCUUUGCAAAGGUCAACAAAAUAUAAAAACCGAAAAUCAAAAAUCAAAAGACAAAAACCAACCAAAAGACAAAACAGAAAAUAAAACAAGCCAAAACUCAAAAGCAAAUAUCAAAAUAUCAAAAACCAACACCAAUACAAGAAACAAAAAACAAAGACCAAAAAAAAAAGGACAAAAAAAGGAUAAAAAAAAAGACAAAAAAAAAAGUUCAAAAACAAAAGAUCAGAAAACACAAAAACGAAGUGAUUAGAUAGAUAUGAUAAGGGGGUGAGAGAUGGCAGAGAGAUUGGUGACUGAGUGAAGAUUGGUGAUUGAUGCUUGAAGAUUGAAGACUGGAGAGUGGUGACUGGAAAC